UAGGACCAAUCCUCCUAGCAUUGGAAGACCGUACUUCACCUCUUCAAAGACGAGAGAGCCAAGAUAAUAUGUGGGCUUCCUCCUUCAACGAUCUGGCCAAAAAGGCCGCGGAAAUGCAGGAGCAAGCAGCUGCUUCGAUAACGGUGCGUUAGAGUCGAGUCAUUCCGUGUCGUGCAGUUGCAUUGGGACCGUGGAUCGGAUCUAAUCGAAUCGGAUUGUAUUACAGUAGAUUGGAUUUGAUUGAACCCGACUGGAACACACCUUUGUCGUGCAUUUGAGAAGCAGAUGUUUCAAAUCUUUCUUGUGCUUACGAACAACAAACAUCUGACCGACUUGAUUGAUCCGUUUGCGAAUUCCGUUUCGUGUUCCAACGUUAUGGUGGUAUGGUAUAUCCUGUCAUAUCACGUCAUGGCAUGCUCCGUGCCGUCCAAUUAUUUCCCUCUUCAGUCUCCUGCGGCAUCGAAUUUCAGCAUGGGGAGCAUGUUCAAUAUGGACAGCCUCCAGCAGCAAGAAGAGUCCGAUCCGGACAAAAAGGCGGAGGACCUGAAAAAACUGGCGCACAGCACCAUGGCGAGGGCCGACGCGGGAAGGGUGACCAGCGCGGGCGCCACGUUUUACAACCCAUUGGCAUCGGUGACAACGACAGCAUUCGCAACCCCACAGAAGCAGCAGGCAGUGCCAGCAUCCAGGUUGCAGCAGACCAAAGGGACAACGCCCUCGGCUACGUUUAAAUCGAAACAAACCAAUCAUUCMAACGGGAGCACGCGGGCAAUCACCCCUUCCAACAUGACUUCGGCCCUUUCCUUUGGAAACAAURCAGCCACAACAAAAACGACAACAACCAUAACACCCGUGAAAAUCCAAACCAACAAGCCACUCCUCGAGAGCAAGGUUGUCGCUUCCGUUCCACAACCCAAAAAGCAGCAGCAGCAGCAGCAGCCGGCGACGGAACGCAGCAAAAAGAGCGGUCUGGUGAUCGGAGGAACGAAGAAAUCAUUCACGGGACCGAACACAAAAAUCCCUAGCGCUUCGCUGGCCACAYCGGGCAAACCAAAGCUCGUAGUGAAGGCCACACUCUCGUCCGCUACACCCCUACCGUCCACCACCUCGAAACUGAUUCCUCCCUCGCCGCCGAGGACGYGUGACAACCUUUCGAAACCAGCAAAUGUACAUACCCCACUAGCAAAGCAACCACCGCAAUCGCUGCCAACCCCCAAACCACAGAUGGCAAAACCAAAACAGACACAUUCUACUCUAGAAUCUGCGGUGCAACCGAAACCGAAUACCAGCAACGAAACGACAAAGACGACAAUUAAACCCGCAUUAAAUCCAUCCACAUCGCAAGCAACGGCGGCAGAUGAAAAAUCGACCGAACCGCAACCACCAAAGCAAGAGGCGGAGACCGGUGUGCCACCCGGACCAAAAUCCUCCCAGAAAGAAGACAAAGUAGGGGCUUUUCCGCCAGAGACUUCCGAUGCAGAUUCACAAACGAAAGAUGGCAACAGCAGCGACAAAAAAACAGAAGCACCGACUUCGGAUAUUGCCAUUGCAAAUAUUUCUCCCAAGAAAGAAACCAUACCAGAACCCACGGUCUCCUCGGAUUCGUCGGAUGCCACGGAAAGAAAWGAAACCAAGGAUUCCGAACCCAUCAGAGAGGAAAAAGAACAACCUAUUUCUCAUGACAAUCUCGCAGCAACAGAAACCGAAAGCCAAUCGGUACCACCACCAGCCACGGGAGGGGAAGAGGAGCAGAACUUGAACCCAGCAGUCUCCCAGGCCGCUCGGAACGAAGCCCUUAAAAAACAGCUGGAAGUCCAGCRCCGGGAAACAGAAGAGCGAAUCAAACAGCUCAGAGAUGAAUUCACGAAACAGCUUCAUCGAUUGGAAGAAAACCACMAGGCGGAGAACACCAAUGUCAGCAAACAGUACGAGCUGUCGCUCGCGCACUUGCAAUCGGAGGCCGACGAGCGCGAGGGGAGGCUACUAGCGCAGUCGAAGGAAGUGGAAUCCCAGAAACAGGCGAUGGCGUUGAAACUCGAAAGCGUUUCGGCCAAGCUGAAGCAAGCGAAGGAGCUGAUUGCCGACAAGGACAAACAGAGUCGGAUCCUCCAGGAAAAACACCUCCAGCAGCUGCGGGGCAUGGAGAAAGAGUUCUUUCGGAGCGAAGACGACUCGAAUGCCCUGGGGCAGGAGAUAGUCGACCUGAAGGUGAGCAAACCAAGAAAUGAUUCAUUUGCAUAAGUUUUGUCGAUCGCUUGAUCAAGAAUCCUGCUUCAGUAUUUACUUCACGCAUUCCUUCUUCUUGGAUGUGCUCAUCGUUUAUGUCGUGUUGCUUUCUUCGUUUUAUUAAUCUCUUUAGAAACAACUCGAAGAUUCCAAAAACGAAACUAAAACCGCUCUGGACGAUUACAAUACGCUCAAAGAACGUGCCAGGGGAGUCGCRGGUGAACUGAAGGGAAAACGUGCCGAAUGCCGAACGCUUACCUCAGAAAUCAACCURUUGAAGGACAAUACCAAGAAUCUACAAGAACGCAUCACCCAGUUGGAGGCCAGGGGGAUAGAUCUCAACCAAUCGUCGGAAGAAACCCAGGAGAAACUCGCUGCGCUGCAAGUCUCAUUGGAAGAUAAAGAAAAGGAAUUGAAAGAAUGCAAAGAGGCGAUCGAAAGCGAACGAACCAAUGGAGCUGAGUCUUUGGCAGCCUAUAAGAAAAAAGCGCAGCAAUCCCUCGCGAUGGCCAACGCUCGCUCGGCAUCGGCGGUCCAGGCCCGCGAGGAAGCCGAAAUGGAAGCCCGGGCUGCCCGGUCUACAGCGGAUUCGGCCAUGCAGAGGGCCAUGGAUGCAGAAAUGAAGGGAAAGCGGGCUCUUGCAGAAGCAAAGCAGUACACUGACGAAAUGAAAGACGAGGUUGCCGAAUACGAAACGGUCAAGAAGAAGCUGGAAGAUUCCAAAAAUGAACUCAAGACCACACGAGAGGAAUUAGAAACACAAAAGGAUUCGACCGAACGGCUCCAUUGCGAGCUGACGAGUCUCUCCGGUAGGCUGGAAGCAGAGCAGCAGACGAUGGAAGAUCUUAAGAMGUCGUUAUCAAACGAACAAAGCCGGUCAAACGAACUCUACGAAGAGGUCGAGCGACUACGCAGAGAGGGACAACGAAGUCAAGACGAGAUUCGACGGCUUUCGGAUGCUAACAAGAAAGAAUUAUCGUCUUCUGCCGAUGAACAGGCCAUAGUUCGGGGGCGCAGUGCUGAGGCGGAAGCAACAAUUGCCAUUCUCCAACAGGAGCUCCAGGAUGCCAACCGUGCCAUCAAGGACCUGAAGGAAACGCUAAAUGCCACCAUCAAGGAGAAUGAUGCAUUACACUCAUCGUCUUCGAAUCUGAACCCACACUAUGCGAAAAAUGGAGGUGCGAGCACGAACGGGCAUCAAGGAAAUGGAAUGCCCCUCUUUUAUGCCAUGGAAAAACAGGCCGAGCUUUCGCAGGCCCGGGAAGAAAUUGCGCGAUUGGCAAGUCUUGUUGGUGACGCCGAAUCCACGAAGCAAGAAGCCUUGGAACACAUGCAUGAGAUGAAGCGGGCAAUGGAAGAGGCCCAGUCUCGACUGAAACGACAGGAACAACUCAAACAAAAUCCAGAAACAGAGAGCGUCAAUCUGGAGUAUCUCAAAAACAUAGUGCUGAGUUAUCUAAAUGCGAGCACGGUGCAAGAGAAGAAGGCCCUUCUGCCGGUAAUAGGCACAGUUUUGUGUCUUACUCACGAGGAACAAGCCGCUGCCACCGCGCAGCUCAACAACAGCAAGGUGUCCGUUAUGGACAGCGUGGCAUCCAGCGUUCUCAAUCUAAAAUGGUAAAGCAUCGCUGUCUUAUUAUCCUGAUACUUUUAGCACACCGUAUGAUUUUAUUUUGACAAAAGAUGGUGUUGAACACACGUAAAUUUCAGCUCCAAUUGUUUCGCACGAAUUUUGAAAAAGUGCUAUUGCUGCAAUAACCCAAGUUCAAAUGUCAACUAGAUUUGUUCGUGGCUUUGGUUUCCAGUCCAUUUUUGAAUCUUUUCCUAAUUUAUUGAUGUCUAAUUGACUACUGGUAUUAAUAACAUUAAAAAUCUGUCUUAGACCAUCGUUGAGACAUUUUUUUAGUUAGCCCAGGUUAGACUUUCUGCAACAUUCCCUGGCAAUUCGAUUUCCGUUGCUGCCAUCUUGCUGUCUUUUGUUGCGUUUUGUUGUGUGUMCCGUUCUAUCCCAUCCUAUUAUUACUAUAAUAAUGCAUCAACGUGAACGACAUUCCGGAUACGUUUCUUCUUACUAGUACCUCCAGCAAUGGCACCCAGCCUAAUCUUUUCCAUUCUUACGAMACCUGCUUGCUUCGCAAACAAGGUGUGGUCUUUUCCCACCCCGACGUUGUCCCCGGCCCGGAAUUUCAGACCACGCUGUCGCACCAGUAUGGAACCRGCGUUGGCAGGUUGGUUGUGGAGAAUCUUGACGCCGAGGCGACGGCCUAUAGAAUCGCGCC